CACACACACGGCACCGUGUUUAGCGUAUAAGUUUUGGAAUUGGGGUGCACGGUACAUCGCCACGGAAAAGGUUACGAGCGUCGACCCACAAACACAAUGAAACGCCUCAUGAUGUUCAGUGCUUGCUUAGUGCUCGUCGGCGCGUACACUACACUAACUACGACCGCUGAGGCAGACGAUUUGUCAACAACAGAAGUAUUGCAGGUCCACGCAAGUGCAGAAAAUGGGAACUCAACCACGACCACAUCAGAAAAGAGCCCUUCCUGUUGUCACCGCAAUCACAGAUCAUGCCCACGAAAAUGUCCACACCGAAUGGGACAGCGCAAUGGGGUAAACGUGGGGGACUCGUGCAUGCAGUGCUUGCGCACACUGUUUGACAGCUUUCAAUCAUCGGGCGAUACUUUACGCUUCCUUCGUAUGCUUGCUGAAUACGGGCGUCAGGUGUUACCCGCUCAUUAGAUUUGCCACUCUGCGUUACUCGUUUUGAUUCAAUAAUAUAUCUGUAAAACUCUACCGUUAAUUAUUCUGCUGUGUCUCGGUAGACCGUUGCAAUUAGGUGUGCACAAUGCUUUCUCUCUUACAACCACUGCACUUCGUGAGGUGCAUGAUACUAAUGUGACGUUUAUGUAAAUAUAACAACAUCUAGCAAUCCAUA